GGAUCUGCAGCCUUUAGACUCGGUGUGGUAAACCAUGUGUUGAUUAGACAAAGCAGUUUGCUUUAGAUUCACAUGCAACACAGUUUGCUGACUGAAACUCUCCCUGCUGCAUCAGCAAGAGUGAUCCCAUCAUGGUGGAACAAGAACAGAUUCAGAAGAAGACCUUCACUAACUGGGUCAACGCUCAGCUGGCAAAGCGGGUGCCACCAUGCAUGAUCGUGGAUCUGUUCAACGAUUUCCGAGAUGGCUCCAAGCUGUUGGACCUGCUGGAGGUGAUGAGCAGUCAGCGCAUGACUCGGGAGAGAGGCCGGGGAAUGUUUCAGCACAGGAGCAACAUCGAGAAGGCCCUUUUAUUUCUGAAGAUGAAAUCGAUUAAACUAGUCAACAUAAACAUUCCUGACAUCAUUGAUGGUAAACCGUCCAUUAUCCUGGGCCUCAUAUGGACGAUCAUUCUCCAGUAUCAUAUCGAGGAGUUGGCCAGCAGCCUCUCGUUCAAUUCCCGUCAGUCGUCCAUGGAGUCCCUGGUCAGUCUUGACUCGCGCUCCACGCUGUCGAGCCGCUCGACCAGCAGCAGUCCGGUUCCUCCCAGAGGCUCGCCACUGCACCGGCGCUUCAGGGUCUCUGCCAAGAAGGCCCUCCUGCUCUGGGUCCGGGAACAGUGCCACAAAGCUGGCUGUUCAAUAAAUGUGAAAGACUUCAAAGCCAGCUGGAGGAGUGGGGUGGUGUUCUUGGCGAUCCAGUACGCUCUGCGGCCUGACCUGGUGGAUCUGUCCAAAGCCAGAACCAGGAGCAACAAGCAGAACCUGGAGGAGGCCUUCCGCAUCGCAGAGAAAGAGCUGAAGAUCCCCCGACUGCUGGACCCUGACGAUGUGGACGUUCGAGACCCUGAUGAGAAGUCCAUCAUGACCUACGUGGCUCAGUUCCUGCAGUACUCCAAAGACCUGCCAGCGGCAGAGGAAGAAAUGCAGACGCAAUACCUAAAUCUUCCUAAAAGUCCUUCUCCUGUCAACCUGCCUGUUCACUACACUCCUGCUAUUUCUGCUUCACCUCUGCGACAGGCAACGACUGAUCAAAAGAUACAGGAAGUGACAUGCUGGUUGGUGCAGGCCUACGAUGAGCUGCUGGAGGGAUGGGACUCCACCGAGGGAGAGAGCUACUCAGAAAGAUACCAUGUCUUUCAAACCUUUCUGGUGUCCUUCAAUGAGCAGCGGCGUCCCAUCAUGCCGUUGUUGACAGCCAUGAGACGAACCCCGAAACUGAGCGAUGAGCAGCGGGCUCUCAGAGAGGCGUGGGACUCCCUCACUGAAAAGCUGCGUGAAUACAAAGUGGAGUUGGACAUGAGUGUCCCGGCCCCCCUGGACACGGUGGCUCGCUGGAUGCUGAAAACAGAGAAGGCUCUGAACGAGGAUGAGGGCAACCCGCAGGAUCACGGCCGAGCUGCGGACGAAGCCAAGGAGAAACAGGAGAUCCUCAAAGUCUGUCUUGAGGAGAUGCCGCAACAAGUGAAGACCUUCCAGUCCUUCCAUAACCUGGAUGAGUAUGCAAACAUGAUGGUUCCUAGUGACAAGAUGGAUGAACUAAAGAGGAGGUUCACCAGUGUGAGAGUGACUGCUAAAUACCACGGAAUCAAGCUGGAGUACCGAGAGCACCGCCACACCGUGUUGGAUCUGCUAGGGCAGAUCAGGACAAAGCUGCGGGUUUGGAAGAGACCUUACAUCUCCCCAGAGGCUGUCAGGGUGUUGCUGCAAGAAUGGCAUGAUCUGGCAAACACACAGGAGCUACCAUCUUUGCUCGAAGCCGCUCUACAUAAACUGAAGCAGGUUUCUGAGAGAUAUUCUAGCAAAUCUGCCCUUGCUGCAGAUUACCACACCGUCAGUCAGCAGGUGACGCAGCUGGAGGAAGACACCGCCAUAGUUUUGGAAGAGGUGACCACAGCCAAGAACACCAUGGGAAGAGUCCUGUCCGCCUGGGACUCCUACAGCGACGGAUUCAGCUCCCUGCAGGCCUGGAUGGAGCAGGGCUCUGCAUCCCACAGCCAUGGCCCCAGACCAGAGGUGACACCUGAUUCAAUGGCUGAGUGGGGAUCCAAACAGGCCCAUCUGAAUGAGGUGGGUAACUUCCUGCUGGAGUCCACAGACCCUCACACCAGCAGGAGCCUGGCAGAAGAGCUGCGCAGACUCAACAUGCAAUGGGCCGAGUUCUUCAAGAGAACUGCUUUCGACAGCGUGGCUGAACCUACUGAUGAUGUUCAGGCUAGGCCACAGGACAUCCAACCUCUGAUCAGAGAGGCCACUCUCCUUCUCAAGGAGCCUCUGGAGACAAUGGCAGGCCCCUUACGCACCUACAGAAAAAGAAUACAGUUCAUGACGAGGAAAAUAAAAGAAGUGGAUCUUGAGGCUCUGGCUCCCUCCCCAGAAUGCCCAGCUGAGCAGUUACAGAAACUAAAGUUUGCUAUACCUGAAGUGAUGCAGACCUUGUUUGAGGCAGAACAGGUGUGUGCAGAGCUGCAGCACAGUGUGUCAGGGCUGGACAGUCGCCUGGCUGAACUCCUGCAUUGGGAUUCUGAGGCUCGGGAGCUCUACCAGCUGCUGAGGGCCGCAGAGCGACAACCUCAGCGGGGCCAGAACCCACGAGCCAGUGUUCUGAUAUCCCGUGGUCUGCAGCUGGAGGGUCAGGUGGUCACAGAGGAGCAGGACCUGCAGAUGAUGGUGAUGACUAGUCAGAAGAAUUCUCCCAUGCAGUACCUCCAUGCCUCCGCCAUGCAGGACCGAGUGCGAGCCGCUGUUGCACAGUCACAGGAAGCUGUAGGUAUGCUGAGCAGCCUGGGAGCCAGACGAGACAGAAGCAGAAGCCCUCCAGAAGGGUCUCCUCCAUCAAAAGUAUUUAAACAGGAUAAAGAAAAGCCUCAACAUCUGAGACAGUCAGAAUCAGUCUCAUGGCCAACCAAACAGCCUGAGAAAGAGUUAGUUCAGAGUCAUGGAACCUUUGUGCCAAAGAUAGUGGUGCAGGAAUACAGAGAAACAAAGGUGACUUCUCCUCCAUUGCCAUAUAGCUACGCAGAAGCUGUGAUGCAGACCAGGACAAAGUCACCACCAGAAGUCCAGCAUCAGGCCUGGACGGAGAAAACUUUACAAAAGCAGCAGCAGACUCUGGAACAUGGAUCGAUACAGCAGCAACAGCUAAUGCAGCAGCAACAGCAACAACAAGAAGUGCAACAGCAAGAGCCGAUGCAAACACAACCACAACUACAACAGCCGAAGCAAAAACAACAACAGGUGGAGCAGCAGGUGGAAGUGGUAAUAGACAGACAAACACCAGAUCCCCACGAUCAGACUUCAUUUCAGCAAGCACCUUCAAAGAAACCUCCUCCAAGCUACCAGGAGCUUAAAAGCAGGAAAACCCAGGCCUUGAAGAAUCGGCCUUGGCUUCAGAAGCCAGCCUCAGGAGAGCAUACAACGCCAGAACCGGAUUCAACUCAGGAAACAACUGCACCAAGACAGACUCAGCCACAGUCAGACAAGGAAACAGCAAGAACCGUUCAGGUUGUUUCACAGCAAACGGUAACUACAAGGUCCCAGCCUGAGGGAAAUGCAAAGGAUACUAAGCAGUCACAACAGCAAGAACACCAACAAAAACCACCACGGCACCCUCAAAAUGUAGAACAGAGGCAACAACAAAAAACGCAAAGUCAAGAGCAACAACAACAACAACUGGAACAACAGCAACAGGAACUAUUGCUGCAGCAGCAGCAGCAACAACAACAACAACAACAACAACAACAACAACAACAACAACAGGAAAAGCAACCACAGCCUAUUGUAGGACAGGCUCAACCAGAUUCAGACUCCAAGGCUAAAUCCCAGUCUGUUGCUAUGGUUCAGCCUCACCCUCAAGGAAAAGCCCAAAUUCAGUCACAAACCAAAACUAUGGUUCAGUCUAAAUCCCAGCCAGUGGUCCAAUUGCAAGUGCAGUCCAGAAGUGUUUCCCACAGCACCACAGACAGUGAGCAACAACUGCGGACCAUGUCUGAAACCAAAGUGAGCCAAGGUCAGUCACAGACACAAGGUCUGCUACAGUCCCAUGGUCUCAUAAAGACACAGUCAUUGACACAGGUUCAGACUCAGUCCCAAACAUAUGCCUCAGCUGGAUCUCAUAUGUCCCUGCAGCCACAAGGUGUAGCUCAUGGCCCGACUGUAGCUCAGGUACAGGCACUAGCUCAAGUCAGACCUUCUUCCCCUAUGCAAGCCCCCCUGCAAGGCCAAAUUCAGCAUCCUGUACCAUCCCACAUUCAGCUUCGCAGUCAUUCACAGUCGUGGGCUCCUGUAAGGACACCCUCACCUAAACCACCAACACUAUCACAAACUCAAACCCAUUCCCAGUCUAUGGCCCAGUUCCAAACAUAUCCUCAGUCAAUGCCCCAGCCUCAAAUCCAUCCUCAGUCAAUGCCCCAGUCCCCAACACAUCCUCAGUCAAUGCCCCAGUCCCCAACAUAUCCUCAGUCAAUGCCCCAGUCCCCAACAUAUCCUCAGUCAAUUCCCCAGUCCCCAACAUAUCCUCAGUCAAUGCCCCAGUCCCCAACAUAUCAUCAGUCAAUGCCCCAGCCUCAAAUCCAUCCUCAGUCAAUGCCCCAGCCUCAAAUCCAUCCUCAGUCAAUGCCCCAGCCUCAAAUCCAUCCACAGUCAAUGCCCCAUCCUCAGUCAAUGCCCCCGUCUCAGGCCCAUGCUCAGUCCAUGGUCCAUAUUCAAACUUAUCCUCAGCCAAAGACCCAGUCUCAGUCGACAGCACAGGUUCAGGUCCAUCCUCAACCAAUGGCCAGGCCAAGUCAUGUCCAUUCUCCAACUCAACAUCAAGCCCAAGCUCAACCUCUACCUCUAGGCCAGACUCAGGGUCGUUCUCAGCCAAUGCCUCCGUAUCCCACACAUACUCAGCCAGAGGUCCAGCACCAAGUCCAUAUGUCCCAGGGGCAAAUCCACGCUUGGACCCAAGCUAGAGUCUCAUCCCCAAUGUCUGCCCAGCAUCCACAAGCAACAGCACAACCUCCUUCUUACCCCCCAGCUUACCCCCAGGCUCAGUCUCCUUCCCAGCAGUGGACAUCCAAACUAGAGCCUCAAAACCAACCCAAUACCCAGCAGAGGCAUCCAAUAUCCCCACCAUAUCCUCCACAAAUGGGUCAAAUUCCACAGUCUCAGGCUUAUCCAACAAUUCAGGCUCUACCGCAGUGGCCCCAACCUGGACCACAGCAGGGACCUCAGACUGUGUCCAUUGGGUUUUCUCACAUGGGGCCAUCAUAUGCUCCUCAUAUGCAAACACAGCCACAACACUGGCCUCAAUCCCAACCCCAGGUGAGUCCCCAGACUGCCAUGCAACAACAACAGACUUGGGUUCAGGCAUCGCCUCAAAUUCCGCCUUAUCCAGUGCCUUAUCCUCAGCCUUAUCCCCAGCCUCAAACUCAGCAAUAUUCACAGGUUCAGCAUCAAACUCAGCUUAACCCUCAGCCUCAGAUGCAAGCUCAGACACCUCCCCUAUCACAACCACAACAUCAAGCUCAUCCACAGCUUAAACCCCAGCUGCAGGCCCAGUCCCAAACAAACAUCCAGCGACAGCCAUUAUUACAAGCAAAGCCCCAGGCCCAGACUCAGCAGCCACCUCCACAGCCCAGACAUCAGGCCCAGCUCCAAUCACAGCAGAAGAUUCCAACUCAACCAAAGGGUGAAUCAUCUCAACAGUCCAAACCUUUGGCCCCAUUAGCACCAUAUCCAGAUGUUAAAUCACCAACUCAACCUAAGGUUCAGUCACCAACCAAACCCAAGGCUGAACCACUGCCGCAACCCCUUCCUGUGUCCCAGUUACAACCUCAAUCCAUGGAUCGGUCAUCAAUCAAGUCCGAAACACCACCACAGCCAAAACCACAGGCCCAAACAGCACCACUACAUAAAGCUCAAUCUGCAACUCAACCCAAGGUUCAGUCAACAAUACAACCCAAGUCUGAAUCAUCACCAAAGGCCCAAACAGCAACACAAUCUGAAGCUCAGUCACCAACCCAACCUAAAGCCCAAUCAUUUCAACAACCCAAAACCCAGGAACAAUUUCCACCACAGCUUCAAUUUGAAGCUCAUUCAUCCCCACUACCCAAGUCCCAAGCUGGACCACAAUCUAAGGCCCAAUCACCCCCACAGGCCAGACCUCUGACCCAACCCCUUCCACAGUCAAAACCUGCAACUCAGUCUCCUUCGCAACCCAGACCUCAACAGCCACAAACUAUUCUCCUCUCCCAGGUCAAUGUUCGGCCUGAGUCCAUGCCGGAGUCACCAGACCUGUUCAUUAAACCUCCCGCCCUGGCCCAGGCACCUCCCCAGGCCUACACGGAGGCUUACGCUAAGGCCCAGGCAUUGGCCAGAAACGGAUUUGAGGAAGCAAAGCACUGUCUGCAGGAACACAUCCUGGAAACCAUCAACAUUUUUAGAGACAAGUGUUUAUCGGCCGAGCAAGCAUCAGUGAAAGAGGAGACUCUAAAGACCCUGGACCCAGAGUUGCUGGAAGAGUUCCUGAGAGCAGCAAAGGGCAUGGAGGCCUUUUGUACACCGCCACAGCUCAGAGACAUGGAGUUUUUCACCCAGUCUAUCAGAACACAGUGGGAGGCUGUGAGAGCUGAUAUCUCAGGCUUUUUGCAACAAUUACAUUUUGAAGUAACAAGGAAAGAGUUUAACAAAGCCGCCUUGCAGUGUGAGAUGCACUUAAGCUCCCCCUUAGAAAACCAUGCGCAGGCCUGUUUCUCAGCGGAGGGCAGCUUUGCCCAGGCAGGGCAGCACCUGGAGGCCUUGAAGGAGCUGUGUGACACCCUGAGCCCCGAGGACGCUCACCGCCUGGCCCAGACUCAGCUGAGGGAGUGCGAGACAAGGCUGGCUGAUAUCCAGAGACAGUUCAGUGGAGACCAAGACUCAUCCCUCCCUGAUUCUAGGAUUCCUGUUGCCUUCAGUGACGAUGUGACCACACAGAAGGAGCCUACAAGACCCAGUGACAAACCUCAGGUCUCAGCUGAGGUCUCUCAAGUGACAAUGAAGACAGUCGUUCUUGAGAAGAGGGAGGUGGAAAAGCAGGCAUCUGUAGAGGAAGAAGUCAGCAAAAAGGAGGCUUUAGAAAGAUAUGAUAAUUGUAAGAGGUCUUUGCAAUCCCAGCUGGCCAAAAUUGAGCAGAGCAUCAAGGAUGUCCCCUCUGACUCCGUAUCUCUGAAAGGCCUGCAUUCGCGGCUCCAGGAAAUACAGUUCUUGAGGCAGGAGACAGAGUCUCUGUGGUCUGAGUUUGCAAACCAAUGCUCCCAGUGUUCCCAGUUGAGCGGCAACUCUGGUCUGGAGCAGCACAAGGCAGGGCUGCAGGAUCAGUGGCGCGGACAACAGUCCAAACUCCAGCGGAGGGGCAGCUCGCUGGGCGCCGCCCUCAGGCAGAUCGACUCCACAGAGAACCACAUGGUGGACUUUACCGACCGCCUGGACCGCUACCUGAGGCAGCCCAAAGAUAUCACCGUCUUCACACCGGCCAACAGCAACAUACUCAAAGACAUCAAGGAACUGGAUGACAACAUCCAGAGCGAGCUGGACCAGCUGUCCCGUCUGGACCCUGAGUCCAGCGAUCUGGACCCCAGAGACUGCUUUCCUUUGUCCCGGGAGGUGGAGACUCACAGAAGCAGCCUGGAUCAGCUUCGUCAGCAGGUCCGGAAGAGCGAAGCCGCCGCCCGCGCCCUUGACCGCUUCCUUAUGUCUCUGCGUACUGUGGACGAAGACAUCUCUGGAGUCCAAGGCGCCCCCUGCAGUGACACUGUGAUCCUGCAGGACUGUCGCUCCAAGCUGGCUCUGAUCCGGCAGAGCGUGGACAGUCUGAAAGAGAAGGCGCCUCAGCUGGACGCGCUCCUGCAGGGGGCCAGGCUAACGGUCACCAGGGACGGUGCCCCAGCCUCCUGCCUGGACAUGGUGACCGCUCUGGUCAGGAGGCUGGAGGAGGCUGACAGUGGCCUUGCCAACCAGCAGAAAGGGCUGCAGAAGGAGACUCAGAGCAGAUCGCUAGGCCUGAGGAAGAGGACACUGCUGGGGGAUCUGAGGAAACUACAGGAAAACAUUGAAGCACAGGGCCUGAAGGAGCCCACCAUGCCGGCUGUGCAACACAGGCUUCGGGCCCUGUCGGAUCUGGAGAGUCAGGUGCAGGCUGUGCAAGCAGAGCUACAGAACCUCCAUGAACUUCAAGAUCAACAGGGAGGAGGAGAGGAACUCCUUCAGGAGCUGGACACUCAGUGGAAGGAUACUCAGAGAGCAUUUAAAGACAGGAAGAAGCAGUGCAGCAUCCUGCUGGAGCUCCUGAAGAAAUUCCAGGCCUGCCGCAGUCAGUUGAGCAGCACCAUGCAGAAAGCUGAGCAGACCAUCAGUGAUCAGGCCUCCUACCUGGGCAAGGAAAACCUGCAGAGAAACAUUACCAUGGUCUCUAACAUUAAGGAGGGGCUCGGUGGUGUUGGGGAGCGAAUGGAGGAGAUGAAGGGUGUUUGCAGACAGCUGCAGUCCCAACUGAAAAACUUCCCAGACUGCAGUGAGACCCCCUUCGAAGCUGAGGCUGACACACUCCUGGACAACUGGCUGGAUAUGACGGAGAAGACGGAUGCCUACAUGGAUAACCUGCAGGUGGGGCAGGAGCUAUGGGAGAAGCAGCUGAUGCUGGGGGGAGAGGUGGACAGCUGGGCUGGGGCCAAACUGGCCCUAUUUGCAGAAAGCCAUCCCUUCCAAAGCGAGCAACAAGUGCUUGCCAUGAAGGAAGAAAUCCAUGCUAAUGAGGAGAACAUUGAGCACUUCCACAAGAAGUCUGUAGAGAUCCAGGCGAUGCUGCAGGGUAAGGAAGCGCCACUGGAGCUGCAGGUAAUGGAAACCCAGCUGAGGAAGAGGAUGGAGCAGGUGAAGGAGCUGUUUGCCGACUGCACCGACGUCUUUGAGGAACUGGUAGCUGUGAAGAAACACCUCUCUGAGAAGGUGGAGGAGUGCCAGUCAGCUGUGGAGGGCAUCCAGUGUUCACUCAGUAGUGUGGAUGUGUCACAACCAAAGGCCGAAGAGCAGAUACAGCAUCUGUGUGAUGACCUGGAGUCUCAGGAGGAGCAGGCGGAGGUGGCUCUGACGGAGGUGGGUCUGGUUUCCAGUGUGGCCAGCCCUCAGAUGCUGGAGGCGCUGUCUGUGGACUGCACCCGGCUGAAGGAGGCCAUCUCCCGCACCAGGGACAUGAUCCACCUGAAGAGAGAGGAAAGAGACAAAGGCCUUCUCAAGGUCAUCACAGUUGAAAAGCAGUUGUUUGAGGAGUGGUUCCAGAACUUGCAGCUGUCCGUCAAUGAAUGCUUUGAGCACCCCGAGAGCAGAGCAGACGUGGAAACGUUCCUGCAAAGACUUGCUAGUUUCUUGAAGUCCAAGGAUGCAGAGAGACGUCUGGAGCAGCUGAAGGACCAGCGUGAGAGAGGCAGCCAGCAGCUUCCUCCCCAGCAGCUCUCUGAGUUCACUGAUUGGCUGAAAGAGCAGCAGAAGGAGGUCGCUACGUUCAGAACGCACUGCCAGAACCGGCAGGAACAAAUGGAGCCGCUCCUCAGAGACCUGAACAGUCUGCAGAAGCAACACGACAGCUUCCGUGAGUGGCUGCAGUACAAAGAAAAACAUGCGGUGGAGACGGAAAAAAUCAAGCUUUUUCUUAAAGACCUUCAAGAUGAGAGUGGUAGAGCUGAGACCCUCGCUGAGCUUUUAGCAUCCAUACGCAAACAAGGCGUCCGAGCUGAGAGCCUCCUGAAGGACAGUGAUAACCUGAUACAGCGCUACAGAAACCUGGUAGCCAGGCUGCAAAAACAGGCCGAAGCUCAGGGCGCCAUGCAGGGGAAACUGGAGGAGUUUAACAGCCAGGUGAAGAGCACCAGGAGCUGGAUCACUGACCUCAUGAAACCCCUCACCUCUCCUGGCUCACAGACAGAAGACCUGAAGCGCAAAGCACAGGCCAUCCUGACCUCCAAGCCUGAGGGAGACUCUGAGGUGAACAACCUGAGAAGACAAAGUGAAACUCUGUGUGGGCAGGAGGACCUGGAUAAAGGCAGGAAACAGGAAGUCCAGCAGACAGUAAAAGAAACAGAGGCGCAGUGGAGGGCGGCUCUGCAGACCGCUGAGAAGAAUCUCAACCAGGCUGAAAAACAGGCUCUGCUAGAGAAGGACUUGGACGCUGUCAAAACCCAGAAUGAAAGCGUUCAGUCCUGGAUCAGAGACCAGCAGCAGAACCUGCAGUCGCUUGGUGGUUGCAUGCAAGUUGAAGAAAAACUCCAGAUUGCAAAAGCUACUCUGAGCUCCAAACCGGAUGGAGAUGCAAAGCUCCAGGAUCUGAAGCGGCAAUGCCAGAGUCUGUGUGAGAACCAGGGCUUGGACGAGAGCAGACGACGAGAGGUUCAGGACGCAGUCAGACAAAGCGAGGAGCAGUGGAGGAAAGUCUUACAGGCUGCAGAGGAGGGUCUCAAGAAGGCAGAGACUGAAGCUGCCACUGGAAAGGACUUCGAUGUUUUCAAAGCCCGAAAUGAAAGCAACCAGUCCUGGGUCAAAGAGCAGAAGCAGAAGCUGCUGUCCCUCGGUAGUCAAAUGCCUCUUGAAGAGCGGCUACAGGUCGCACAGGCUGUUAUAAACUCCAAACCUGAGGGAGAGUCCAAGCUGCUCGCCCUGAAGACACAAGCUGAAGCUCUGAGUGAGCAUCUGGAGGAGAGCAGGAAGGCAGAGGUUCAGCAGUUGGUAAGAGACUCAGAGCAGCAGUGGAGGAACGUUCUGCAGGCCGCCAGGCAGGCAGAGCUCCGCAGUCUGACGGACGACUUUGAUACUCAGAGUAAAAACACUCAGUCCUGGAUCAGAGACAGGCAGCAGAAGCUCCAGUCUGUGGGAGCUCACACUCCACCUGAUGAGAGAUGUCACACAGCGCAGGACAUCUUGAGCUCCAAACCUGAAGGCGACUGUACGGUAAACAACCUGAGGAGGCGGGCCCAGGGUCUGUGUGACCAUCUGGACGCAGACCAGGGCAGGAAAGUCCACGUUCAGAAGACGAUCAGAGACACAGAGGAGCAGUGGAAGACCGUCCUGCAGGCUGCCAAACAGGUGGAGGCUGCUGCGGGAGCCGAGAUCUCACAGAAGACUGAGAAGAGAACGCUGGAGUUGAAAGAAUUUGAAACCCAGCAGCAUGACACUGUCCGCUGGCUCACAGACUUCCAACAACAACUGGACUCACUGAAGAGCCAAACCAAACCCAAGGACCGACUGCAAUCUGCUCAGGCCAUUAUCAGCUCUAAGACCAAAGGAGACUCGAUGCUCCAGGAGCUCAAGAGACGAAGCCAGAUUCUGUGUGGGCAGGACCUCGAGGAACCCAGAAAACAAGAGGUUCAGCAGAAAGUAAGAGAUGCUGAGGAGCAGUUGGCGAAAGUCCUGCAGAGCGCUAAACAGGCCCAGGAUCAGGCUGAGAAGCAGUGUGCUCUGGAGGCAGAGCUGAAGGAAUAUGAAGCUCUGAAAGAAGACACCAAAGCCUGGCUGGAAGAAAAGCAGAAGAGCCUCGUCUCUUUGGAUGUUCAGGCAGAUCCAGAGAUAACAAUUACCACUGCACAGACUAUCCUGAGCUGUAAGCCUGAGGGAGACUCCAAGCUGACUAAACUAAGGAAAAGGAGCCAGAGUCUGUCAGACCAGGAGGAUCUGGAGGAGACGUUAAGACAAGAGGCUCAGCGGACAGUGAAGGAGUCGGAGGAGCAGUGGAGGACCGUCCUGGAGACCGCUGAGAACACUCUGAAGAAAGCUGAGGUCCAUUACUCGCUCUCCAGGGAGCUGGAGGCUUUCCACAGCAAAGCAGGGAGCACCAAAGCGUGGGUGAAAAAGCUGCAGCAGCAGGCCGACUCCAAGGGCAGCGGCACUCAGGGCAGCCGGGCUGAGUUAGAGGACAGACUGAACACAGCACAGGCUAUUUUGAGCUCCAAGUCGAAGGGAGAAGCUCAGGUGAUGGAGCUGAAGAGGCGAGCGGAGAGUCUGUGUGAGCAGGAAGAUCUGCAGGGAGACAAGAAACUGGAGGUCCAGAAGAUGGUCCAAGACACUGAGCAGCAGUGGAGGACGGUCCUGCAGGCUGCUGAGGACACACAGAGGCAGCUGAAGGGUGUUGUGGAGCGCCUGGGGUCCUGUCUGUACCAGCGAGGCCAGGCUGAGGCCCGUCUGUCUGAGUGUCAGAAGCAGACCUCCGGCCUUCCGAGGGUCUUCCCCUGGCCCGGCCUGGGAGAGCGGAGGCAGGCGGUGGAACAGGCCCGCACCCUGCUGGAGCAAAGCACAGCUCUGGCCCCCGUCCUCUCUAACCUCCGCACACAGGCUGCCGAGCUGUUUGAGAUCACACAGGACAUUGGCUGGUCAGAUCAAUCAGUGGCAGACAAGGAGAAGUCCAUUCCUCCUCUGCUGAAAGAGCUCACUGAAGCGGUAGCAAACCUGGAGCAGGGCAUGGUGACGGAGAGGCAGUGCACCCAGCUGGUGGAGCAGCAUGUAGCAGCUCAGGAUUGGCUGAGGGAGCACGUUAAAGGCCUGGGAGCUCCUCCUGCAGACAGAAAGGUUCUACACAACACUGUCAACACUCUAAAGGCUUUACUCCAGACAGUGGAUAGAGAGCAGAGGGAGAUGAAGGAGCUGGACUCUGCCAGAGACAGUUUGCUGAGCCUGUGCUCCCCUGGAGGUCGGGAUGCCCUUACCCUGGAGGUCAGCCAUCUCCACGACCUCUGUGCCACCUCAGAGCGGGAGGUUAGGGAGCGCCUGGCGGCCUGUGAGGUUCGGCUGGAGGAGCAGGACAGUCAAGUGGCCAAGAAGGCCCAGGGGCUGAAGGAUAAAGCUGCAGCGUUGCAGUGGGAGCUCCGCUCUCUGGACCAGGCGCUCAGCUACAGCGAACCGCAGAACAACAUCGAUCAGCUCCAACAGCACUGGAACAGCCUCCAGAAAUGUGAGAAAUCCCUAAAAGAUUUGGGUGUGAAAGUUCAUGACCUUCACCAGGAAAUAGAGGUUACGUCUGCCACUGACGAGCUGCCAUCAGAAGUGAUGACUUCGGUGAAGUCCUUAUGCCAGCAACAUGACAGUCUAAAGUCCAGGAUGAGUGAGCGUCAAGGAACCUGCUCUACAAACACAGCACACUGUCUGAUGGACUGUCUCCAUGCUUUGCAAGACUGGAACCAGAGCAAACCUUCACAGUCCAUUUCUUCUGUGCAGGCGAAAUUAGAGGAAGGUGAAAAGUUGCAGUCCAGCCUAAGGGAUGCACUUUCUCACGAUCAGUUUCUAAGAGACUGUUUGAAGCCCGACUUGGCUAUGAAACUGGAGAGGGAUUGUUCAGAAAGACUCACCGAAGCAAGCACACAGAAGGUUUCUCUUCGCCUGAGCUUAAAGGAACUUGAUGGAAAGCAUAAACAAAAGCUGCCUGAUGUCCUUCAAGGUAAUGUAGAGGAGACAAAGACACCGUUAGUGGCACCACCACGAAAAAGCAAGCGCUCACCUGAGAAGAAACAACAAGUCGAACUGCAAAGAAACAUUCCCAUAACAGAACAAUCUACGUCUAUUGAGUAUGAAUUAUUGGUUUCUGCUGAGCUGGAAACUGAUCCUAAAACAUUGAAGCCUACAUUGACAGCAGUCAAGGAAGACAUCAAAUCCAUUGGUGUCGAACACAGCAGAAUAGAACCAACAAAAACUAAAUCUCAGAGUUCAACAUAUCGAUCAGAACCUUUUACAGUGCAGCCUUACAACACUUCUCAAGAGAUACUGUUGAAGAAGGAAGAAGGUAAAAGCCUAGAUCCCACUGCUGAGCCUGUUGGAGCUAAGCAAACUAAACCUACUUUAGAGCAACCUGUACCAAUCAAAAAGGUCAUUGGGCAGUCUGCAGCUAGUGUUAGUGAGAAAACUACACCUGUACCAUCCAGGAGAAAAUCCAAGACUUUGGCCACUGAUACUGAACCUGCCCAGCCUAAGGUGGAGCCUGAAAUGGUGAAAACUGUUAUUACUCAAGGAUCUCCUGGAAAUUUGACAGGAAGUGCUUCUUCUGAAGAAACAAAGCGUAAGGCAACCAUUAUUCUAGAUGUAUCAGAGCCAUUCCCGUCUGUCACAGUAGCAACUGAUGCCACUAUUAGCUCAGCAAUGGCUGUCACAAAGCAAGCUAAGACCAUGGUUGAUGAGCUAGCCAGGCUUGGACCUACCAGUAAAGAGUCAAAGACUGCAGACAUGUCUUCUACGGAUAAUGUUUCAAAACCCUGCGCAGAUCAAAGGCGACACAGAGAAUCUAAAAUCUGUCCUCUCUUCAACGCCCAUCAGCUGACAAAUACCAAGGAGGACUCUGACAAUCAGAAGUCAUCUUCGACUCAAGACGUGGUCACAGCAACGACUGAAAAGGGUGUUUCAGAGGAAGAACCUGCUUUCACUGAGCCAACAAAAACCAAGGAAGAGCCUGACAGUCAGAAACCACCUUCAACUCCAGAAGUAGUCACAGCACCAAGUGCAACUACUGGUAUGGAAAAGGUUCAACUUUCACCAACCAAAAGAAAGUCAAAGGGUCUUAAACUGUCUCCAGAACCUGCUACCACAGACCUGACAAAGACCAAGGAAGAAUCUGACAGUCAGAAGUCAUCUUCAACUAAACAAGUAGUUACAGCACCAACUGAAAUGGCAGUUGUUGAGAAAAGUACACUUUCGCCAACCAAAAGAGAGUCAAAGGGUCUUAAACUAUCCCCAGAACCUGCUUUCACUGAGCCAACAAAAACCAAGGAAGAGCCUGACAGUCAGAAACCACCUUCAACUCCAGAAGUAGUCACAGCACCAAGUGCAACUACUGGUAUGGAAAAAGGUCAACUUUCACCAACCAAAAGAAAGUCAAAGGGUCUUAAACUGUCUCCAGAACCUGCUACCACAGACCUGACAAAGACCAAGGAAGAAUCUGACAGUCAGAAGUCAUCUUCAACUAAACAAGUAGUUACAGCACCAACUGAAAUGGCAGUUGUUGAGAAAAGUACACUUUCGCCAACCAAAAGAGAGUCAAAGGGUCUUAAACUAUCCCCAGAACCUGCUUUCACUGAGCCAACAAAAACCAAGGAAGAGCCUGACAGUCAGAAACCACCUUCAACUCCAGAAGUAGUCACAGCACCAAGUGCAACUACUGGUAUGGAAAAAGGUCAACUUUCACCAACCAAAAGAAAGUCAAAGGGUCUUAAACUGUCUCCAGAACCUGCUACCACAGACCUGACAAAGACCAAUGUAGAGCCUGAGAGUCAGAAGCCAUCUUCAACUCUAGACGUUGUCACAGUACCAACUGAAACUAUCGACAUGGAAAAAGGUAAACUUUCACCAACUAAAAGAAAGUCAAAGGGUCUUAAACUUUCCCCAGAACCUGCUACCACAGGCCUGACAAAGACCAAUGUAGAGCCUGACAGUCAGAUACCAUCUUCACGUACAGAGGUCACAGCAGUCACAGCAACAUCUACAAUUACUGUUGUUUCACCUACUAAAAUAAUGUCAAAAGACAUCAAACUUUCCUCAGAACUUGAGGAAUUGACCAUACCUGCCAGGAAAAUACUGAAAGAUGUAGAUGUUUCCACAACUGUAAAGCCAGCUUCUGCUGUUGUUGGAAGUGAUGAGGUGGAGUCUAAGGAGGUUAAAGUAGAACCUGAGUGUGGGAAGGCUUUAUCUGGACAGGUUGUUGCAGGAGCUGUUGAAACUGAUGUUGUUAAAGAUAGUAAGCUUUCCCCAACCAAAAGAAAGUCAAAGAGUCCGAAGGGUUCUUUGGAAAUUUCGAGCAAGGAGCUGACGAAGACCAAGGAUAAAACUGACAGUCAGAAGCCAUGUUUAACUCCAAUCAAGGAUGAUGUGAAAUCAAAUGUCCCUCAAAAGGUGAAUCCUGCUGAGAGCAGUCAAGCUACUGUGAAGGGUGUCAGUCCAAUAUCUGAGAAGUGUACUGUUCAGGAUGGUGGCACCAUUCGGGUAUUCCAAGAACAGAAAGUGGCUACAGUCAUUCUGGACACAUAUGUGCAAGUAUCAGAAAAGGAGGAUCCUUGUCUGUCAUCUCCAAAUAAUGAGCCUUUGGAAUGUCAAGAAAAGUGGGGACCAAGAAAGCAUCCUAAAGUUUGUACACCAGAUGUCAAGCCAGAGAAGGCUGCCGUUAAGACAAGAGCAGAAGUUCCAGACAAAGACCAGACUUCAGCUGAUGUUGGGCCAGAAAAGGCUUCAGUCAAGAUUACCAUGAUCGAAGUGAAGAGCAAGGAAACACUGAAAGGGGGAAAAGAUUGUGAAGUGCAAGAAGUGCAUGCUGAAGUAUCAACAAAAGUGCAGGAUGCCCCCCAAAGCCUGGAGGAAAAGUAUGUUAAGACUGUAAAGAUGACCAGUAUAGAAGUGCCAGAAAGCUUUACAGAUUCCCUGUCUGAACCAAGGUUAGUCCCUAGCGCACUAACGGAGAGACAAGCAACGUAUGCAAAGGACAUUAAGAAGGAAGAAAAGAAUGAGGGGAAGAAGAGGACAACUCAGGAAGAGGAAAGGGAAAAAAUGGUCAAUCUAGGAAAACGAAAUGUUCCACUCCCGAUGGCCAAAACUCCCACCAUUGCUGAUGUGAGGACAAUGGAUGCAACACAGGUGAACACGGCUGACAAGAUACAAACUGCAUCACUGCAGGCAGUUCAUACAUCUGGCAUUAUCUGGAGGGAGGUAACCCUGGUGGAAGGCUCACCCUCUCAGGAAAACAAAGCACAGGCUGCAAUGACUGUUAGGAAGCCUGAGAAACUUGUUCUGGAGGAACCAGAAGCAUCCACCAUGAGGAAAGUCUUCACGGAAGUACAGUUACUCUCAGGGACAGGACCUACCAGUCCACUCACAGAGGGUAAACCACUGGAAGGGGCUCCAGAGGCUCUGAUUUCAUCCACCAGUGAUCUGGAGAACCGUCUGAGCAGGCUGGUGUCUAGAGUCCUUAGCUGCAAGAAUUACCCAGCUGAACUCAGCCCAGCAGCCAUGGCCAAACAGCUGGAGGAAGCUCAGGAGUGCAGAGACACUGCCCAGGCACAAGUGUCCUUGCUCUCUCAGUUGAGAGAAUCUGAAGCUGAGAAUAAAGAAGCUCUGGAGUGUGUGGAGGACCAGUGGAGUACCGCAGUUCAGGAUGCAGCUGCCGUCAUCCAGAGUAAAGAGGCCCAACUGCAGCUGGUCAGAGAUUACUGCGCACAGUGUGAAGCAGCCAAGACCACCCUGGAGAGACUGACAGCAGAACUGGAAGCUGUCAGGAUGUCCCCAGAGGAGAGCAUCCCAAAGGAAACGGAGCGACUACUCUCCUUACAGAGAAGCAUGGAGGAGAACAGAACAGUACUUGGGGAGUUGCUUUUGACCCAUACCAAGUUGUGCCCCCACCUCAGCUGGUCUGAGCGAGCAACCGCACAGACCGUGCAGAAGAGCCUGCAAGAGAAGUGGAGGGGCCUGGAAAGAGCUGUGGAGAGAAACCUGUAUCACACAAAGGUCCGUUUUCAAGACACCAGCAGCCUUCUGUCUGCGAUAUCAGGUCUUAAGAAACAUUUGGAGACAAUCGACAAAGACCUUGAAGCCAAGUCUCCUACGGUUACUCAGUGGAACUGCAAGAAGGCAAAGCAGCUGAUGGUGGCAAAUGCAGAGGUUAAAGCUGCUCAGAAAACACACCUUCAUCUGCAGCAGCUGUCAGAUGUGCUACUCCCCAGCACACCGAGUGAGAAGGAAACAACAGAAAUAAAGCAGGGGCUUCAGAGAGUCAAAGACCAAAUUCGCCAAACAGAGGAACUCAUUUCAUCUCAAACUCAGAACAGCAGCAACCCCAUCAUGGAGAAAAUACUCAUGGUGAUGAGGGAUGGCCUUUCCUGGGCGAAGCAGACAGAGAGUGACAUUGAAGGCAGGAGGAAGAGGGUGGCUCUCCUCCCUGAGAAUGUACACCGUCAGCUCAGAGAUCACAAGAAGAUGCAGUCCGAGGUCAUAACCAAACAGGGCCAACUGGAGCUGCUGGUGGAGGAGGUGGAGGAGCUCCUUCCACAGCUGGACCAGGCUGAGGAGGUGCCGAUGGUGCGCUCAUCUCUGGACUCCCUUCACAAACUAUCAGAGUCGACUACUGUGAAGCUAGCCAAGGCUGUGAGAGAGAUAGAGUCGGGACUGCAGACCAGAGAGAAGCUUUCGGAGCAGAUUGCUGAUCUAGAGUCCUGGGUUUUGGCUCAUCUCCAUAAAGAAGCCUCCAGGAGUCCGGACAGCGAGCUCAAGAGCCCGACUGACACUGAGCGCAGAGUCCGUCAGAUCCAAGAGACUCUGGCUGAGGCUGAGAAGCACGCCGCUGUCUGUGAAGCUCUUCUAAUGAAGAGUAAAGACAUUUCCCCUGAGCUCAGCAUCAGCGAGAACUGUCAGCUUUAUGACAAGCUUACCAACCUCCAGGAGGACAUCAGAGCCAUCAGCAGCUAUGAGAAAGCCACCAAAAAGGAGCUUGACGAUUUUACCCAGAAUUUAGAUUCCAGCAAGAAAAACGUUGUCAAAAUUGAAACAAGCCUGAGGCAGAUGUUAGUAGAUCUGAGUAGACACAGGUUCCCCAUCACAAGCGAGUCCCUGCAAGCCUUUGAGCGUUUCAAACACAUGAUUUUGGAGCACAAGUCCCAGGCUGACAUUCUGCAACCCUUGAUUCCCCAGGAAACGUCAAAGGAACUGUACUCGGUCAUUUCUGAACUCCUCCGCAAAAUGGCCACCCUGGAAAUGAAAGCCAAAGGUCACGAAACGUACCUGAACCAGAGGCAGUGUGUGGAGGACCUCAGGGAGAGUGUUCAGGAGCAAGUCAGUCACACCAAAGACGACAGCACGGCGCUGGAGGACAAGUACAAAGUCUGUCAGACCCUCCUCAUCCAGCUUCCUCUAAUCAGGUACAUGUCUGAGGAGGCUGGAUCCAAACUCGAGAUGAUCUCCGCUGACAUCUACCCCUCACAGCUGAGCACAGAGCGGCAUAGACUGAAAAAAAACGAGGAGAGCCUUGACACCUUGGAAUUGACGCUCUACAACAACCUCAGCAUCAUCGAGUUGAACCUGCUGAAGGAGCUGGACUUGGGCUCAGAGAAGGUGGCCACUCAGGCCUUCCUCUUGAAGACCCAGCAGGAGCUCCAGACAAUCCCCUCAUUGGAGCCAAAUGAAACAGUAAUUAACAACGAAUACCAAAGAGUCAUGUCUUUAAAAAAUACUGUACAGUCAAGAAUGAGAGCACUGGAGCUUCUCGAGCAGAAGAAAGGAAACAGACAAGGGAGCAGAUUCCAAGAUGUGAUGGACUUGAAGAAAUCGGUCUUCAGCGAAUGCGACCAUCAAAUGGCGAAUAUCACCCAGGCCAAAAAGUCCCUGAGCCGCUACACCUGUGCUGUAACACAGGCGGCUCAGUUCCUGCGGGACAUCGAGGUGUCUCUGCUGCCCCCGCAGGGCUCUGCUGGUCUCUGCUCCGACAGGCUGCCGGAGACCCAGCAGGCUCUGGCCUCGCUGCAGCAGCAGUUCCAGACCCAUGUGGAGCAGCUCCAGAAACAAGACGCCCUGCAUCCUUACCUGUGCCCCCAGAAGGUGGAGCAGCUCCAGGAGAACAUUCUGAGUCAGCUCCUGGUGAGGAUGUCCACUCUCCAGGCAAAGGGACACAUCCGACUGGAGUACCUCAGCAGUUGUGCAGAACAUUACAGAAAAUACACCAAGAGCCAAGAUGAAAUCCUCCAGAGUGUGAAGAGCGCAGAGAGCACCCUCUCACAGUUCAUCUGUCAUAAAGUCACCUGUCUCGCUGACUGCACUGACCAGCAGACCAAGCUUGGAGUUCUGUCUGAGGAGGUGGAGUCCCUGCAGAGGCGUCUGGGGGAGCUGAACGAGUGGUGCCCAGAGCGGAGCUGUCGGGGGGGCAGGGAGUCCACUGUGGCUUCUGUGUGGAAACGCGUAUCGAGACUACGCCGCUGCAUACACGAGCUGACGACACGCAGCAAACAGAGGAUCGCAGAAUGGAGAGAAAUCACCAACAGUGUGGAGAAGACCUCCUCUCUCCUGGAGCAGGUGGAGGGGGAACAUCCUGAUGUGUCCCGGAUGAAGGCCUCCACCGAGGACCUUCAGGACCUACUGCAGUCCUGGGAGCAGUACCAGGACAGCCUGGACUGUGAACAUCGAGCGCUGUCCGCUCUGGAGCUGCGCACCGCCAGGCUGCUGGGGGUCCCAGCCGACCUGGAGCAGGCCCCACCCACUCCGCUCUGUCAGCAGCUGCAGGCCAUGCAGGGUCGAUACAGCAGUAUGAAGCAGAAGAGCAGGGAGGGUCUGAAGGCAGCCAGGACGGAGCUGGAGGAGAGAGAGAAGCUUCGGGAGGAUAUGCAGGGCGUCCAGGUUUGGCUAGAGGCUGCAGACUGUCUUCUGUCAGAGAUGCAGCAGAGCAGGAGCACACAGGAGCUUCAGGACGUCCACAGUCAGCUGUGUAACCACAAGGCUCUGCUGCAGCGCAUCAUGGAGAGCCUGAAGAUGAAAUACUCCGACUCCCUGGUCCCGGUGGAGAUCGAGAGCCAGCUGCAGGAGGUCACACAGUCGCUGCAGCAAGUAGAAGUGAAGGUGGGAGAGGCGGUGGAGAGGAGCGGUCCUGUCCACAGGCUGGGGGCGAAGCUGUCUGAGAUCCAGGCUGGCCUGAUGUCCGUUCAGAAGAGACUUGAACAGAAAAGCCCAAAUGUGACCAUAGCUAAAUUCACUCAGAAGCGUGUGUGGGACGAGCUGGACGUGUGGCACUCGUGUCUGGCGGCGCUGGAGGUGGACAUGCAGGACCUGGAGAACCAUGAGGAGGCGCUGAUGCUCACUGAGAGACUGGUGGAGGUCCAGCAGCUCCACUCCCAGCUGGCCAAACAGGCGGAGCAGAGGACCACCCUCAUCAGCAAGAUCCCAACGUGGCUUCAGGAGCAUCAGGAGAUGAUCAGCAGCUCUAAAAGCUGGAUGGCUGAGGCCAAGUCGUGGCUCGCUACACCCUGCACCUACACCACGGCUAAAUGUCUGAGCAGCCAUGUUCACACUCUGCAGAUGGUGUUGGAUGACUCGGCACAGAUCCGGAAGACUCUGCAGGGCUUCAGCUCCGUCCUGCAGGAGAUGUCUCAUGUUUGCGACGUCAUGACUCUACAGGAAAAGCUACUGGAAGCCGAUCAACAAGUGGCCCACGUUCAGGACAGCUUCUCUGCUCCUCUGUCCCACCUGGGCCACGCUGCUGACGAGGUGGAAGCCGUUGAGACUGAAGUCAGGUGUAUGGAGAAUGAUGUGGCUGAGAUCAAGAUCUUAUUGUCUUCUCCGGAGACUUUCCCCAGCCCCAAAGAAGAAAGCUUCAAGAGCGUUGAGCAGAAGAUCCAGUCCAUGAGGAGGACCAUUACUGAGAUCCAGAAGUGUAAAUCAGACCUGUGUCUUCCAGAGAAGGCUGAAGAGACUCUGACUGUCUUUUCUAUAGUGGAGCAGCUGCAGGCUCUGCUGCUGGAGCUGGAGAAGAAGAUCCCUGCUCUGUUCAUCCAGCAGCCUACGACUCCGGUCCAAACCAGUGCUCCGCCUCUUCAGCAGACCGCCUCUGGCCCUCAACUCUUUAAAUCCACUUCAGAGGACGCUGAGAAGGAAGGCGUGGAGGGCCACAUCAGAAUUGUCCGUGUGAAAGAGAAUGUGCUGAAGCAGUCCGGAGUGUCGCUGCAGACUAUGGAGCAUUCCUCCGCUGAGCAGAGACAAUCCCCUGACAGAACUCAGCAGAGGGAGCAUCAAGACGUGCUCCAGGCUGAAGAAGCCAGAGAGUCAAAAGAAAGUGAGGAGCAGAGAGUUGCAGAAGGUGGAGGAGGGGUUUUAUGGUGGCUCUGGGAUGCUUUCCUGGGUGCUCCGCCAGAGGCACAAGAGACUGAAGGGGCCACUGGACAAAGCACUGAACCGACUAAAGAAGAUAGACAGGAUGUUGAGGGCCCCACUGACUCCACAGAAGCAAGUUCCUCUGAAGCUUUAUCAAAACCCCUGGGCACAGUCAGAACUCAGACACUGCCUGAGAGCAUGGUAAACACAUCCUCCACCGUAGAAGUCUCCAAAUCCUCCUCUGGCUCCCAGCAGAAAUGUGUAUCGCUGUCACUGAAGCCCGGCCACCGCUCCAGGAAGUGGUUUUGCCACAGGUGGGUGGAGCAGAGAGGGAAAGAAAGACGAGAAACCAAGCACCUGGGAAAGAGAGAUAACCAGAAUCAACAUAGUGCUAGAGUUUGCUUAGGACUUCGUGCAGCUCUCACCCUCCUCUCCUCCCCCUCUCUACCUGUGACCCUGGAGCAGAGAGGUUCAGCCGUCCUCCAUGUGUGCCUGGAGACGGUGGGCCAGCUGGAGCUGUGGCUGCAGGAAGCCCAGAGGAGCCUGGUAGCUGGGGGAGCUGCUGCCGGGGCAACCACCAUGCAGGACAGCGUGGAGCAGCAACUCCUCACCUGCCAGGACAUGUUCCUGGAGAUCGAGCGGAGGGUCUCCAGCCUGGCGGCUCUCGGUCCGGCGGCUGAGCAGCAGGACGAGGCGGCCGAGCUGCUCUCCUCCAAACUGGAGCUCCUGAAGGCCAACCUGGUGUCCUUCCAGCAGCUUCUGCAGGACAGACAAGGAGAGGAGAGGACCCUCACACACACUGAGACACAGGGACAGAAGUCAGCAGCUCAGUCAGAGCGCCACCUGGAGUCCAGGCUGCAGCGCAGCAGCAGUGUCCAGGAGAUCUUCUCCUCUCCCAGAAACAAACUGCUCCGACAGAGCAGCCUGCAGCAGCAGAAGGAGUUGGAGCAGCAGCUGACGGAGCAGAGAGGUCUGACCCAGGCCAUCGCUCUGCAGGGCGGCAGAGGAUGGCUCCACAGCCCGGACACAGAGGACCAGAGCCCGCUGUCACCACGGUGGCCUCCUGCUGGGUCUGCUGUGCACGAGGACGCGGCUCACAGGAAGUGGGACGGCCUUCACAGCCAGCUGCUUUCUCUGGAGGAGAGCUGGCUGCUUCCCCCUUCAGAGGUGGCAGACUCAUCUACGAGGCACAGUGAUGGAACAGCAGGACGCAUAAUUGGCACACAAACCCUGAAAGAGCUCCAAACUCACAUCAGCCAACUGAGAGAGCUGCGACUCACAGCGACAGAAACUCUGAGUCAGACCUCCUCGGUGGACGGCUCCCAUGAGACGCUGGACGAGGGUUUGUUUCAUUUGCUGCACGGAGCGUCCCUGUCCCUGUCCCUGUCCUCCUUCAACAACCUGCUGCACUCACCUGCUGGGACGACACAUGAAGAAGACACUCAGCUGAGGCUGCUGCAGCUGCAGAGCCUGUCAGCAGCGCUAGCUUCCCUUGGCAGUGAGCUGUCCUCUCAGGGGUCAGAGGUCAGCCGUGUGCUGGGGUCAGAGCGCGGUCAGCAGUGUGUGGAGGCUCUGUGCAGAGUGCUGUGUGUGGUGCAGGCUGCUCUGAGCAGCAGAGAGCAGCAGCUCACACACAUGCAGGAGGAGGCGGCCCAGCAACAGAUACAACUGAAUGAGUUGCAUGCAGCCUUCACUUCUAACCAGGCGACGGUUCACCAAAUAAUUCAUGAAUUCAAUGGAUCUCUGGGCCUUAACAAACAAAUGCAGGCUGUGGUUCAGAUGCAGGAGUCUCUGCAGCAGCAGGUGGAGCAGGUGAGCUCCCUGAUGGAGGAGGUGCAGCGACACCACCUGCCUGCCUCCCUCAUCCAGCAGGCCUCACAGCUGCAGGGUGAGCUGGACACUUCUCUAGGUGGUGUUCGCUCCCGCUGUGAGGAGCUGAAGCACAGUGUGGAGCUGCAGCAGCAGUAUGAGCGUCUGGUCCUCAGCUUGCAGGAGCUGCUAGUUCUGGGCCCUGAACGCGUCGCGCAGAAGCCUGACGCAGAGCUCCGCGACAGAGCUCAUCUACAGCAGCAGCUCAGCAGCCAUACGAAGUUCUUCCAGUUCCUGGGCCAUCACUUUAGGAUCCUGCAGAACCUGACCCACAGAGUCCCAGAGAGCACCCUCCAGAGGUGGCAGGGUGUGGUGAUGGGCCUGCAGGUGCAGGUAGCCCGGCUGCAGCAGCAAGGACUGGACCAAGGGACCAGGAUGCAGGAGACAUUACAGAUGUGGUCGCAGUGGGAGGAGGACAGAGCCUGGUCAGACUCCCUGCUGAGUCCCAUUGAAACUUCAUCUAUCAAGAUGCACAAGGAGGGUAAUUCAGAGGAGCGGAUAUCAGAGAAACUCUCAGUCUACCAGGAGAUGCGUGGCGUUCUGCAGGAGAACAAGGCGCGGUUCAGUCGGAUGCUGGAGGCGGGGCUCUGGCUUCAGGAGGCGGGCUGCAGAGGAGUGGGAGUGGCCAACAGCAAACUGGAGGCAAGAUGGAGAGCCCUUCACAAGAAGGUGGAGCACCAAUGCACAAAUGUAGACAAGAAGAGGAAGCUAAGGAGCAGGUUUCUUCAUGACUCUGCUGUACUGGCUGACUGGAUGGGCGGGGCCAGAGAGAUGAUUGACAGAUGUCAGCUCUCUGUGUCAGCAGAGGAGGAGAUGGAUGUUGAACAGAGGCGUGAUCACUACUUCCAGUUUGUGGUUUUGACCAAAGGCAUGGAAGCAAAGUCUGGACUGAAGGUGGUUGUGAACGGAGCGGGAACCCAGCUGCUGCAGAUGAGGGAGGAAGAGGAUGGAGACUUAGAAUUAAAUCUAGAGGACAAAGAGACAUCAGACCCAGAUCUCUGCUCCAUCAACGCUCAGCUCAGACAGAUGGAGUUGGAUUGGUCCCGCCUCCUGGCCGAUGUUCCUGUCAUCCAACAAGCUCUGCAUAAGCGAUGGAUGCAGACGUUGACCCAGCAGGAGGCCCUGUCUGAGCUGCAGGCCUGGCUUCUUUCUGCUGAGUCACAGCUGGAGGAGCAUCGCAGCAGGAUCACACAAACCUCCCCAAACACUGAUCUGAGUCAGCUCCUGAAACACUGCAAGGAGUGUCAGACAGAAAUGUCAGCCCAUCACGCCACACUGGACUUUGUGAGCCAACCGCUACAGAGCUGCAGUUCUGAUGAGGGCCAGAGGGGGCGUUAUGAACACAACCUGUUUGCAGAGGAGCAGGGUCGUCGCAACCAUCAGUGGCUCAGUCUGCAGGGAACUCUGCAAUCUCAGAUCCAGAAGGUGGAGCAGGAGCUGAGGAGCAGGUUGGAGCAUGAGGCCCGCCUGCAGCAGAUCAACAGCUGGAUCACAGAUCAGAUCCUCUGGAUGAAGUCUGCUCAGACACCCAGCAGCCAGACGGAGCUGCUACAGAGCAUCAGCACCUGCCAGGAUCUUGAGGAGAAGAUCAGGCAGAGGUGUGAAGCUCUUCAGGAGAUGAGAGGCAAACUUGAUGGAGGAGGAAACAGCAGCUGUGAUUUAAUGUCUAAAACAGAUACAUCCAUCCAGGCCUGUGCAGCUCUCACACAACAGCAUGACUCAGUCAAACAGAGGCUGGUUGAGGCGCAGCAGCUGUGGGAUUGUGUGGAGAAGCAGCUGAAGCAGAUGAUGCUGAAAACAGUGAGAAGAUCUCAGACUCUUGAGUAUCACAGCAGCCCUCAGCUCUGCCUGCAGGCACACAGAGAUCUGCAUGGAAAGCUGCAGAAAGAACAUCAUUUAUUUUGGAACAACUACAGCAGCUUCAGAGGCAGAGUGGAUAGAUUAAAUCAAAGCGUCUCCUCCCUCAAAGACAUCAUCAGUCCUACUGCUGAGACUCUCCUCACACAGCAGCUGGACAGACAGAGGGACAGUUGGACAGAAUCGUCCAGAGCGUUGGACCAGCAGCUCCAGAGGGGUCAGGACGUCCUGCAGCUGUGGGAGGUGUACGCCCGGCCGGCUGCGUCUCUCUCCGCCCGGCUGCAGACGCUGCAGAGCGAUGUCAGCUCAGCACUGAGCGGAGCGACUGGAGAACAUGACACUGUAGAGCAGCUCACUGUCAGGGUUCACAACGCUCAGAGUCUCCUGGAGAGGACAGACUCUCUGCAGUCCGACCUGGAGGGGGUGCUGAAGGUCUCCAAGGACCUCACUGGUCACCUGGACCCUUUAGCUGCCAGUCUGGUCCAAUCAGAGAGCCGCUUGUUGGCACGUGGAGUUCAGCAGCUCAGCCAGAUGGUGACGAGGAAGCUGGGUCAGCUGCAGGAGGAGCUUCAGCGGCUGCAAGAGUUUGAAAGCGUCCUGAAGUCUCUGGAGGGAAACCUGCAGCUCUGGCAGGAGCGACUGCAGGAUGUGAGUCCCACCGCAGACCAGUCUGGCCUCCUCGAGCUGAGCGGCCUGUCAGCUGAUCUGGACGUACUGAAUGAGCAGAGCUGCAGCCUGGCGGUCGGAGACGCUGCAGCGCGCCGCCUGCAACGCCUCAACAAUCGCUGGACCGAAACCUCCGCCCGAGCUGAGGAGACCUGCAGUGAGCUUCAGACGGAGGCUCUGAGGCGGCAGAGCUUUGAGCAGAAGUGUGAGAGCUGGAUGUCCUUCCUGCAGAGGAUGGAGGACAGCCUGGCUGUGGACGUGGCCGGCUCCUACACCGGCCUCAGACAGCAGCUCUGCACACACAAGCGUUUUCAGACAGAGCUGUUUUCUGGACACCAGAUCCUGCAUUCCGUCAUCACUGAAGCUCUUCAUCUGCUGCAGAGAGGAGAGGUGGAGGACAGGAGUGACUUCAUCCUGAAGCUCACCCACCUCCGGGAGCACUGGCAGGCGGUGCAGCGGGCGGACCAGCGGCGCUGCCUGGUGGAGGGGCUGCUGAGGAACUGGCACCUGUACAGCCGCAGCCUGAAGAAGCUGCAGAGGUUCCUGACGGAGACGCAGACCCUCCUCCCCCCCGCCGGCCCGGCACACUGCAGCCUGCAGCAGCUGAGACGCUCCCUCCAGGGCCUGCAGCACACGGAGCUGUUGUUCCAGAGGUAUCAGUGCAGCUUCAUCCACACUCUGGAAGUGGGCCGGCAGCUCUUCUCCAUGGGGGACGAGGAGACCCAGACUCAGCUGCAGACGGACCUGGGAAACCUGCAGGAGGAUUGGGAGAAGCUCCACAGCCUGCUGGGCCGGAGGAUGGACCUCACCGACGCUAUCGUGCAGAACUGGGAGCGCUGCGAGGCCGGACUGGGAGACAGCACGCUGCAGUUGAAGGACUUGAAGACCAGGCUUAACGAGUCGAUGCCAGAUUUUGCAGAGGAGCUGCAGAGUGCCGAGAAAUACAUCAAGGAGAACGAGGACUGCCUGGAGGACUGGGCUGAGAGCCUGACAGAGCUGAGCACCAUGAAGACGGAUCUGUCCCAGUACAUCAUCGCCGACGACGUCCUGCUGCUGCAGGAGCAGGUGGAGCACCUGCACUGUCAGUGGGAGGAACUCUGCCUCAAGGUUUCAAUGCGUAAACAGGAGAUCGAAGACCGCCUGAAUGCUUGGAUCAUCUUCAAAGAGAAGAACAAGGAGCUGUGUGAGUGGCUGGCGCAGAUGGAGAACAAGGUGGCGCACAACUCCGACCUCAACAUCGAGGAGAUGGUGGAGAAACUCAAGAAGGACUGCAUGGAAGAGAUCAACCUGUUCAGUGACAAUAAGACUCAUUUGAAGCAGCUCGGAGAACAACUCAUUACAGCCAGCAACAAGACGAAAGAGACAGAAGUCAACGACAAGCUGAAGGACAUCAACGACCGCUGGCAGCAUCUGUUCGACCACAUAGAGGCCAGAGUGGGAAAGCUGAAGGAGACGCUGGUGACGGUGCAGCAGCUGGAUAAGAACAUGAGCAAUCUGCGGACAUGGCUGUCUCGCAUGGAGGCGGAGCUCGCCAAACCCGUGGUGUACGACGUGUGCCACAGCGAAGAGAUCCAGAGGAAACUGGCUGAGCAGCAGGAGCUGCAGUGGGACAUCGAGCAGCACACAGAGAGCGUGGCGUCGGUGCUGACGCUCUGUGACGUCCUGCUGCACGACGCCGACGCCUGCGGCAGCGACGCGGAGAACGACUCCAUCCAGCAGACCACGCGCAGCCUGGACCGGCGCUGGAGGAACAUCUGCGCCACGUCCAUGGAGAGGAGGAUGAGAAUCGAGGAGACCUGGCGUCUCUGGUGUAAGUUCCUGGACGACUUCUGUCGCUUUGAGGACUGGCUGAAGAGCGCUGAGAUCACUGCGGCCAGCCCGGACUCUGCCAACGUGCUCUACACCAGCGCCAAGGAGGAGCUCAAGAAGUUUGAGGCGUUCCAGCGGCAGGUCCACGAGCGUCUAACUCAGCUGGAGCUGGUCAACAAACAGUACCGCCGUCUGGCCCGGGAGAACCGCACCGACGCCGCCAGCAAACUCAAGCUCCUCGUCCAGGAGGGGAACCAGAGGUGGGACAGCCUGCAGAAGAGGGUGGUUUCCGUUCUCCGCAGACUCAAGCACUUCACCUCUCAGAGAGAGGACUUUGAGGGGACUCGGGAGGGGAUCCUGGUCUGGCUCACAGAGAUGGACCUGCAGCUCACCAACGUGGAACAUUUCUCCGAGAGCGACGUCGAGGACAAGAUGAGGCAACUCAACGGCUUCCAGCAGGAAAUCACUCUGAACACCAACAAGAUCGACGCUCUGAUUGUGUUCGGGGAGAACCUGAUCCAGAAGAGCGCCCCUCUGGACGCCGUGCUGAUGGAGGACGAGCUGGAGGAGCUGCACUCGUACUGCCAGGAGGUGUUCGGCAGGGUGUCCCGCUUCCACCACCGCCUGGUGCACCGCCGCCCGUUCCUGGAGGAGGAGAGGGAUCUAUCAGACCUGGACGACUCCCCCGAUCUGACCGGUGGGACGUCCUGGGAGGAGUCGAGGAAGAAGGAGGAGGAGGAGGAUGUUCCAGCAGGAGGGGCAGCGGGACGGCAGGUCAUGUGUCAGCUCCUCGCCCCCCCCCUGGAGCGGUCGGGCAGAGAGACGCCCGUCAGCGUGGACUCCAUCCCGCUGGAGUGGGACCACACUGUGGACGUGGGAGGGUCUUCAUCACAUGAGGAUGAUGAGGAGGACACCACAUACUUCAGCACCCUGUCAGAUGUGCAGGUCACAAAGAGCUCAGAGUCUUUGGUUAAAGCGACUGUCAGAGCAGUGAACGCUGCCUCGGGGAAGUCAGUGAGCGACCCCCCCAGCUGGCACCAGCCCGUCUCACCUGAAAGGAAACGAGUUCCCAGAGAAAUGAUCCGAGGCCUGAGCGCGUCUCCUUCACACACCUCCAGCACUCCCUUCCACCAGCAGGGCUACGCUAAGCUGAUGUCGGAGUGCAGCGGCAGCAUCAACACGGUGAAGAGAGUGAAGCUGAUCCUGAACGAUGAAGAGGAGCCGGUGGAUCAGGGUCUGACCGUCAGCACGGCCGACAAGCAGACCAGCACAGGUGUGAUCGAGCGCUGGGAGCUGCUUCAGGUACAGAAGCUCAACAACGAGACGGACAUCAAGCAGGACCUGGAGCAGUGGCAGAAGCUGAACUCUGACCUCUGUGAUGUCACUUCCUGGUUGGGCCGGGUGCUGCCAGAGCUAGAGAGGCUGCAGAGGAUCGCACCGGCCACCAGCAUCCGAGACAUUGAAGUGAACAUCCGGAAACUAAAGGAGAUGCAGAAGUCCUUCAACAGCUGCAAGUGUCUGAUGAUCUCCACCAACCUGAGCAGCCGUCACUUCCUGUGUGGCGAUAGCGCCGAGCUGCAGGAGCUGCAGGAAACCCUGAGCUCUGCCAACAGCAGCUGGCCUCAAGCCUGCAGCGGGCUGGAGAGCUGGGAGAGGAGGCUGCACGCUGCUCUCAUGCAGUGUCAGGAGUUCCAUGAGACGCUGCACUCCCUGCUGCUGUGGCUCGCUCAGGCGGAGAACACACUGAACGCUGUGAAUGUCAGCGACACCUCGGCGCCACGCUCCGUCCUGCUGGAGCACCAGGACACCCUGACGGCUCUGCAGGAGGAGCUGUGCGGCCGCCAGCGGCAGGUCUCCUCCCUGCAGGAGAUCUCCUCUCAGCUGCUGCUGGAGGACAGCAGAGAGGACAGCGUGGAGGCCAAGGAGAAGGUCCACGUCAUCGGGAACAAGCUGCAGCUGCUGCUCCGACAGGUGGCCGCUCACCUAAGCACGCUGCAGGGCACACUGGAAACCUGCUCCUCCGGCACAGGGAUGGACAGCAUUGGUCUGGGAGCGCUGCAGAAGGAGGAGGCUGCAGGUCUACAUGCAGCUAUCGGACCCCCAGCAACUAAAAGCUCCAGGGAGCGGCGGGACUCCCCCCCCCAGCGGCCCUUCCUCCACCGGGUCCUGCGCGCGGCCUUCCCGCUCCACCUGCUCCUCCUGCUGCUGCUGGUCCUGGCCUGCCUGGUGCCCGUCUCCGAGGACAACUACAGCUGCACGCUGUCCAACAACUUCGCCCGCUCCUUCUACCCCAUGCUGCGCUACACCAACGGCCCCCCGCCCACAUGAGCACUGCCACCACGCCAAAACCUCCCCUAAGAAGACUGAAGGACUCAAUAUGUGCCGUGGAAACAGAACAUUGAGCCGUUCAUAGUGUGAAGGUGCAAUUUAAAGACAUUCUACCUGUCACACAAAAAAAAGCACCGCCCUUUUUAAAAUCUAAAUCUGAUUGGUGUAUUUAAAUAUAUAUUUAUUGUUCGUGGUGUUCCACAUUUAUAAAAAAAGAAGCCAUAUACUGGUUCGUUUUUAACGUUCUGCCAUUUUUAUAUGUAGAUUUAACGUCCCCACUUACUAUAUUCAACACACGAAGAUAAGUAAGGUCUCUAGAUUUAUUUUAAUAUCUACGCUAUAUUUUCUGAUUUUGUACUUGCAUUGUAAGCCAUGGGAUCUAUAUUGAGGAGUAAAGGUCAGUGAUUACCACAGCGUACAGAAAGCGAGAAUUACACUAGGCAUUUUCUACCACUGCAGCUAUUUUUACAGUUUUUCAUAGAAGAAGGCAGGCUGCUGUUGACGGCACAUUUUGUAUAGAAGAGAAGAAGAUUGAUUAAGAGAUAUUUAAAAAGAUCUGUAAGAUAUUUUUUCUAAAUAAUGCUGGCAGUGACUCCUGCAGACAUGCCUUUCUGUAGCCAACAGAGCCCCACAGCUGGAAGAUAUUGUACUUUUAAUGGUGUUUGAGGACUACUGUGUAUAAGGGCAAACUACUGAGAAAGAAAACGUAAAAUUAUUGUUUCUGCAUAUUUGAGUUUGAGUGUCUUCCUGUAUUCUAUUUCAAUAAUGUAGCAUGGGACUGUAGUCUAAGCGCUGGUGUAAUAAAAUGACAGAUAUGUUCUUAUGUUAACAACUUCAUGGCCAGUGUUCGGGGGGUCAUUUCUGUAUAUUUCAGCAUAUAUACAAAAAGUCGUCAAAUGAAAGCUGCAUUAGGUGAUUUGGUACCUCUAGGGGGCAGAAAGAGCCCAAAUCACCGCUCAUAUAAUAACGGAAAAUAAGGGGCUUUUAACAAAUAUAGUAGCAUUUUUUAUUAUUUUUUUAAACGGUUCAAAUUCCAGCAGAUUUAGUCAUUGGGUCCAUGUGCAGCAUUACAACCUGACCUGCUAGCUAACAGAUGCUAAUUUGUACGAUCCUUUCCACAUUAAAUUGCAGUAAUUGCAUUCAAUGAAAUAUUGCUUGAAGUUUCAAAGGGUGUUUUUUAUAUUUAGUUAAUAUUGAUGCAACAAUAUUAGCUCCAGCUGGUGGACCUGUCACAUCACUGCCAUUUAGCUGAAGAUCAAAGAACACAAAGCCCCGCAUGUUAUGUUCAAAUACCUAAAUUACUUUAUUCUUAAAUGAUUUGAUGUUGUUCAAAACGUACCUAACGCUGUCCGAGUUGGACCCGUGGAGUAAAGUCCUGCAGGUGUCAAAAAUCCAACAGGUUGAAACAAAGAUUGUUUAAAAAUAUAUAUAAUUUGUGGUUAAUAUUGCGAAGCUUUACACCACUCUUCAUCAUGAAGUUAGAGGACUGGUUUCAAAUCUAUUGACCCAGACUGAGUCGAACAUGAAUGCAAGUGAUGCUUUGAGCAUUGCAUGUAACUGUGUACCUCACAAUCAAAGACCAUUACAUGUACAAUGUUCAUAUUAUUGAUCCUAAAUGUUUGAAACUCAAGUGUUUGGUCCUUAUUUGUAUAUAAUGUCACACUCAGCAGAACAGAAACAAACAACAAAACGUGUGUAAAGUUUGAUUUAUUUUGUGAACUCUUAUUUAUGGGAUGUAUAGACUGUCAGUUUUGAUUGACAAUAAACUGUGUUUGCCAUGA